CUAAACCGUGCACAGUCGGGUCGAAGCCAGCCGGAGGUGAAGAGUGUCAAAAAUCUUCCACCCAGGAAGAGGAAUCAUUUUUUGGAGCCUCUAAAUUUAUUCGCUUUCUCCAUCGCAACUCUAAACUAGUUUCGUGAAAUAGUGUGCCAAAUUGGCAAACAUUUUUGGCAAGUUCCGGAUGACGUGGUCGGGUUAAAUUUACGACAAAAAAAAACAAGAUGAACAGAAACGGUGGAACUGGCGGGACUGGGACCGUGACGGCGACGGCGACCGCUGCCGUGACCCAGCGAUCCAACUCCAGCCCGGAAAUCAACCUGUUCCAGGAAAUCAUCCUCCGGUUGGCGCUGUUUGCGGUGUACAUCUUCUUCGAGUUCCAGGACCCGUUCGUGCGAAAAAUCCACCCGGAGGAAAUGUGGCUGUACCGGAACCCGCGCACCGAGAGCUACGUCCCACUCACCACCCUUUACCCGUCCGUGUUCUGCCUGGUGGGAGCGGUCUUCCUUACCUUUUACUACCACAGCCGAAACUUCCGCGAGCUCAAGUGUGCCGUGCUGGGAAUAACGCUUGCGGACACGCUGAACGGCGUCGUGACGCACUCGAUCAAGGCCGCCGUCGGACGACCCCGGCCCGACUAUCUGUGGCGGUGCUUUCCGGAUGGAAACUUCAGGGAGGACAUGGUCUGUACGGGGGACUACCGGGACAUUCGGGAUGGGCGGAAGAGUUUCCCCAGCGGUCACUCGUCCUUUGCAUUUGCCACCCUGGGCUACCUUUCGCUGUAUCUGUUCGCCAAGCUGCACGUGUUUACGCGGAGAGGUCGAGGCCAAUCGUGGCGUUUGCUGGUGGCAGGUUCUCCGCUGUUGAUGGCAGCGAUGGUUGCGAUUUCGCGAACUUGCGACUAUCACCACCAUUGGCAGGACAUCUCGGUGGGUUCGAUGAUCGGAGCGGUUCUGGCUUACGUCGGUUAUCGGCAGUAUUACCCUGCGCUGAACUCCCAGCUGUGUCAUCUUCCGUAUGGCAGCGGGGACGCGUUGGUGCUGGCGUGUCCUUCCAGGAAAGGAACCUUCAAACACGAGUCUUCCAGUGUAGAUUCCGAGCAGGAUGCGCUACUGGGUGACGACAAGGUAGGUGACUCAAAGUGGACCUGAUCUUCAACGAACGUUACUACAGUAUAACGAGUCCAAUAGCUUAGUGAGUAGAUUUAUUAAUUGUGAAUUGUACACGAUUUUACAAACGAAACGUCCCUAACAGUUUUACAAAAACAACAAACAAAAAAUGCAUGAAUACAGGAAAAAUAACGCAAGUGCGACUACUCUU